AUGGACAGUAUUCAUUUGAUGGAGGAAGGUUUCAGUGCUGUUCCACAAGAGGGGUCGGGGGGGAUUCCUCAGGCCAGGAAGGUGUGUUAUGCUGUGGGUGAGGUCCCAUAUCAGAUUACCACAGCAGCCAUGAAUGUUUCCCUGCAAAUUUUUCUUCUGGAUGUUGUACAGAUGGAGGCCUCCUCUGUCUCCAUGAUUCUAUUUGUGAGUCGGGUAUGGGAUGCUGUGACCGACCCUCUGGUUGGAUAUCUGGUGAGCCGCAGUAACUGGACCCCCAUCGGCAAACUCACCCCAUGGUUGUGCUACAACGUUCCUUACCUCUCGCUCAACAUGUUCCUGGGGGGAGAUCCCAGAGACAGAGACUCUGCCACGGCCUACAGAAUGAGUGUGAAGAUGAUGGCCAUGCUGUUGGCUUCUGUAAUGCAGGGUCAAGUUGUAGCCGUGUACAACACAGAAAAACAAGAGGCAUGUCAACAUCUGGACCAGGCUAAUGAAACAACAGCUCAAAGCACAUCUUCACCACAAACUGUGCCACUACAGGAAACGAAAAAUGCUUUCCUGACCUCAGCUCUGGUCAUGGGUGCCUUGUUUUUCCUCUGCAGCCUGGUUCUCUUCCUGGGGGUGAAGGAACAGCGGGCCCCUCUCUGUUCUGCUGACAAAGUGCGGCCACCCUAUCUGACCUCUCUGAAGAUGCUGAUAUGUCACAUUCCCUACCAACGACUGGUGCUUGGCUUUGUCUUAAGUGUACUUGCAUUUCAGAUGUCCUUGGGUAAUUUUGCACUUUUCUGCAGCCAUGCAGCUGGGCUGGGAGCCCAGUUCCAGCACCUCCUACUGGUUUUACUGGUGUCUGCCUCAGUAGCGGUCCCUCUGUGGCAAACGGUUCUUCUGAGAAUAGGAAAAAAGGCGACAGUUUUCUUCGGACUAUCACUCUUCAUCCCAGCAGUGAUUAUAAUUGCCUGUGUUCCCAGUAACCUCUCAGUCUUCAUGAUUAUGUGCGUUCCGAUGGGAUUCAGCGUGGCAACCAUAUUCUUGCUACCCUGGUCUAUGCUCCCAGAUGUGGUGGACGACUUUGCCGUGAGACAUCCCUCCUGCAAAGACCUGGAGCCCCUGUUUUUCUCCUUUUAUGCCUUCUGCAGUAAGCUGGCGGGAGGCCUGUCUGUUGGCAUCUCAACCAUGACAUUACAGUUUGUGGGCUACAGACCGGGUGCAUGUAACCAGGGCGACGAAGUGGUGACAGCUCUGAUUGUGCUGUUCUCACCAAUCCCCAUCGCACUUCAAAUGAUAGGGAUGGUCUUUUUUCGCAAUGUUUUCAGCUCCAGGAACAGAUGACCACAGUACACCCAGAAGCUACAUCAUCCUCAUCAGACCCAAGAGAAAACACGGAGCAGCCAACAGUUCUGCAGCAGUCCAAUGCUGGUGCAACAUCAACUUCACAUUCUAACACAAAGACCAACACAUUGUACAAGUCAACUUCCUCGCCAUGUUGUUACAGUCGUGAUAAAACAUGCUCAGUCAAAGCAUCUGUCCGCUCAAAUGUAGCAAAGAGCCCCUCUGGAGAAUCCAGCAGGCCGAAAUCAGUCGUCCAGUCAAAUGUAAAUCCUCAGUGUCAUAAACAGAGACUCAGCUCACAACAGCACUCAGGAGAAGAUAAACCGGGCGGAUUUUUUCCUGAGAAUGAUCCUGGGCCUUUCCCUCGCAGGUCACAUGUGCGAUCCAAAAUGUCAUGGGUAUAGCCAGAUACCUUAAAGCGAUAGUUUGACAACUUGGGAGAAAUGCUUUACUUUCUUGCCUAAAUAUGAAGCUGCAGUCCGUUAGCUAGCUGUGUCCUCCUGCUGCCAGUAUUGACGCUAAGCUAAGCUAACUGCCUGCUUCCUCUAACUUCAUAUUCAGUGUACGGACAUGACAGGGGUAUCAGUCUUUUCAUCUAAUGCUCGAUAUGAAAGCAAAUUAUUUCCCAAAAUGUUGAACUAUUUCUUUAAAUAGUCACAUACAGUGUAAUACCGGAUUUAGGAUCAUAUUUUUAACAAUCAAGUGAACAUGGUGAAGAAAAUACUGAUUUUGACUGUAUUCUUGCUGUCAUAAAAGGUCCUGUCAACAAUUUUCAUGAAUACUCCCUUCAGUAUUUUGAGGCUGCUUUUGUAAAAUACAUCACAUAUGUCUUGACAGUCUUCCUCUUUCAAUUGUUCUGCUUGAUUUUUGAUUUGUUUUUUUUAACAAUGUUGUCUAAAAUGUUGUGUAUUUUAGAGAGGAGGCUUUUGCUGUCCCUAUGAUUUGUGACUUUUUGGAAGUUAGCUUCUUAAUUGUAAGUAGCCGAAGCUUGUAGUCAAAGUUUGGAACACAUGCUUGAAAGUUGUAAUUUUAACACUAUGCUUGUAAA